AUGUUAAGUAAAUGGACAGGAUUUUUGAAAACAGCGGAUUUGUUCCCAACGCCAGUCUCCUUGACCUUCAAAGGAGAGACUACCUUCAAGACCAGAGUUGGAGGAAUCUUUUCAAUCGUACUUGUGAUUCUCUUCAUCGUUGGGUUUAUACUUGAGUUGAUAGAUGUAGCCAAGCGAGAGCGGAUGGAGACUACUAGAAAUGAAAUCUUUUUCGAUCUAUUAACCACUAACAAUACUUAUAACCUCUAUGAAGGAGGAUUUGAUAUUGCAUUCGCAACCUCAAACUUCUGGAAUCUUACAAUUGAGCAGGAAAAGAAGUUCAUUCAGUGGGAUAUCGCUGAAGUCAGAUACAGCAGAGAUUAUGACAAUAACGUUAUCAACGAGUUUAGAACUUCCAUUGACGUGGUUGAAUGCAACUCUUCCCAUUUUAGACUCCCAGAUGGGACAGAGAACUUCUUCAAACAAAACAAGGGGUAUAGAUGUCUCAAAAAGAGGGAUAACCUCUUAAAAGGCAACUGGUUCAACUUGGAAUACUAUACCUUAGAAAUUAAGGCUAACUACUGUAUUGGCACUGUGAAAAAUUGCACUAGUUCCAAUUCUGCUGACUGAACUUGCCAUUCUCUUUCAAAAAUUGAAGGGAAUGUGACUGGUUCAAUUUUGUCCUUUGUCCAUUCCCAUUCAUUCUUGGAUUUUGAUGACAUCGAAACACCUAUCAAAAGAAAAUUUGAAGACCGCCGUUUUAGACUUACCUAUGGUGAGCUAAUAGAUUAUGGGUUGCAUGUCGUUAAAAGUGAGUACACUCUUUACGAUAGUCCUAUCUGGUCAAGCCAGGUGACUAAGCAAGGAGAGUUUUACAGUCUGGACCAAAUUUCUCAGACUUCAGACCCAAGAUUGCACAUCACCCCAAUAUUCAUCGAGUUAAAAAUGAGUAGUAAGGUGAAUAACCUUGAGAGAAGAGUGUACUCCAUUUAUGAUGCUCUUGGAAAUUUGGGAGGUUUUAUCGGAAUUUUCCAAAUAAUCUUUGCGUUCAUGGCUGGUUAUUUCGGUUCAAAAAUAUACUAUCACAAGUUAAUGAAUCAUAUUAUGGAAGUCUCGAACUCAACUGAAGCCAAGAAGCCCAAAUUCGGUUCACAAAGAGAAUUACAGCCUGACAAAGUUGGUGAUUGUUCACCUAGUCCAAUAUCUACAAACGAUCAUGCAAACAUAUCGAUCCCAGAUAAUCCCUAUUUGCCUGAACAGGACAAGGCAUCACCGAAACAAGAGGUAGAGAAGAGUCCAUAUGACAAGGAGAGAUACUCGUCGAAAUUUCUCUGUGCAGAUAUUUUAUUCUUACCUCUACUUUCACGAAUAUUCUCAUGAUGUGUCAAAUGGCAAAGAAGAAGGAAGCUUAAUAUUUAUAUGAGCGAAAAAGAAGCAGUCAACAAAAAGCUAGAUGUAGAAAGAAUCUUAAAGUCUAUUGAAAAGACUCAGAAAGAAAUCAAGCGACCUAAAAUAUUCGCUCAAGAAGGUAUUUAUAAAAACCCUAUGCCUCAAGAGGAAAGUAAGGUGAGACAGAAUUCUUCAAGAAUAAUAGAACUGAGCGAGAGAAGCUAUGAAAUAGCAUCAGGAAUUCCGCCGCCAUUGACAUCGAGGAUGCCGUAUAGGCUAGACUUCUCAAAGAUACAAAAUAGGCCGAGUAAUAGCUACGUGUUGCCUCAAAAUGAUCCAAGUUUUGAAUAA